UCCAGACGCCGCUGCACCAUGAGCGUCUCUAUGCUGAGCCCCACCAGAGCCCUGGGCAGCGUCUCUGGGCUCCUGCAGGUGGCCACCCUGCUCGGCCUGCUUCUGCUUCUGCUCAAGGCGGCACAGCUCUACCUGCGCAGACAGUGGCUGCUCAAAGCCCUCCAGCAGUUCCCGUCUCCUCCUUUCCACUGGCUCUAUGGACACAUGCGGGAGUUCCAAGCGGAGGGCGAGCUUCAAGCCCUACUGAAAAGGGUAGAGAAAUACCCGCGUGCCUGUGCUCGCUGGUUUUGGGGGACAAAAGCUCAAGUAUUGGUCUACGACCCGGACUACAUGAAGCUGAUCCUGGGGAGAUCAGAUCCAAAGUCUCCUGAGUCCUACAGAUUCGCGAUUCCCUGGAUUGGGAAUGGAUUGCUCCUGUUGGAGGGGCAGAGGUGGUUCCAGCACCGGCGGAUGCUGACCCCAGCCUUCCACUAUGACAUCCUGAAGCCCUACGUGCGUCUCAUGGCUGACUCUGUGCGCGUGAUGCUGGACAAGUGGGAGGAGCUCGUCAGCCAAGACGCACAUCUGGAGAUCUUUGGACACGUCUCCUUGAUGACCCUGGACACCAUCAUGAAGUGCGCCUUCAGCCACCAGGGCAGCAUCCAGACAGACAGGAACUCCCAGUCCUACAUCCAGGCCAUCAGGGACCUUGGAUAUCUGAUUUUUUCCCGAAUGAGGAAUAUCUUCCACCAGAAUGACAUCAUCUACAGACUGACCCCUGAAGGCCGCUGGCACCACCGGGCCUGCCAGCUUGCCCAUCAACACACAGACAGAGUGAUCCAGCUGAGGAAGGCUCACCUGCAGAAGGAGCGAGAGGUGGAGAAGGUGAGGAACAAGAGGCAUUUGGAUUUCCUGGACAUCCUUCUCUUUGCCAGAGUGGAGAAUGGGAACAGCUUGUCUGACACGGACCUCCGUGCUGAGGUGGACACGUUCAUGUUUGAGGGUCACGACACCACAGCCAGUGGCAUCUCCUGGCUCCUCUAUGCUCUGGCCUCCCACCCUGAGCAUCAGCAGAGGUGCCGGGAAGAGAUUCAGAGCCUGCUGGGGGAUAGCGCCUGCAUCACAUGGAACCACCUGGAUCAGAUGCCCUACACCACCAUGUGCAUCAAGGAGGCACUGCGACUCUAUCCGCCAGUGCCUUUUUUUGGCAGAGAGCUCAGCAAACCCAUCACCUUUCCUGAUGGCCGCUCCUUACCUGCAGGAUUCACACUCUCCCUCUCCACUUACGGGCUUCACCACAACCCGAAGGUGUGGCUGAACCCAGAGGUGUUUGACCCAUCCCGGUUUGCACCGGGGUCUUCUCAACACAGUCAUGCCUUCCUGCCCUUCUCAGGAGGAUCCAGGCAGCCAUGUUUCCAGGUCAGUUGCCAUUCCAAAGUUCCUGGGGCUGUUGUCACUUCAGGAGUCUGACUUCUCAGCAUUUGAAUUUUCCAUGAAAACCAAACUUCAGAUGUGUGAUUUCCGCAGUUAUCAGUCAUCUUUAAAGGUUGUUUUCUCUUCACACAAUCCUGACCUGCCCACUAGCUUUUCCAUUUAAUUCACCAGCCAGCCUCUCAUGUGUCGGUGCUAUUGGCUUCCUGUAUUGACUUUUCAAGCCAUGUAUGUGAUUAGUAUGUGAUCACUUACAGUUUCCGUGAAAAGAGACCCACGCCAACAUGUGUGUUCCCUAUUUCUAUAGGCGAUCCCAAACAAGUGUUGACUGCAUUUUCAUAUAAAUAUGACAUCUUCCAGUUGCCUAAAUUCUUUAUAUAUAGCAGGGAUUGAUUAUAUACCAUAGUCCCACAAUCUACAGAGUGUCAUGUUGGCAGAAAAACAAAAAAGUGAAAAAGCAUAAAGUGGAGGACAGUCAAUUGCUUUUCAGAGAAAAUUCACUGUGUUGUAUUUGACACAUGCAUUUGGAAAGUUCCUGGUGUGUAAACUAUAAAGCACACUUGAAAAAACUGUUGACCUGAAUGAUACACUCCAAAAUGACUGCUGUGAAAAUCUUCAUAUAUACACUACCAAAUGGAAAGUAGAUAGCUAGUGGGAAGCUGCUGCAUUACACACGGAGAUCCACUCGAUGAUGGGUGAUGACCCAGAGGGCUGGGAUGGGGAGGAUGGGAAGGAGUGCUGGGAGGGAGAGGAUAUGGGGAUAUAUGUAUAGAUGCAGCUGAUUCACUUUCUUGUACAACAAAAACUGGCACAGCAGUGUAAGGCAUUUAGAUUCCAACAAAGAGAUAAGAAAAUAAAAGAAAGAAAAUCUUCAAAGACUGCAGAUCCUCCUCUGAAAUAGUACCUCCAUAACUUUGUAACUUUUUAGCAGAAACAAGGAGAAAUGAAUUUUUUCCCUGAAACCAUACUUCUGUGAGGUUUUCAGCUGAUGAAUCAACCUUCACAGAACACCUUUGAUGCAAAAUUUAUUCAGAAUUGACUCUAGGAUUUGGUUUCUGCCAGGGUCCAGUCCUUCUUUGUAGACAUUGGCUGCAUGUCAUGUGGCUGCCACUAGAGGACAGGGGGACCAGGCAGCUCUGUUCCUAGGUCGGAAUUAAUACUUAAUUCUGUCUGGGUUUUUUUUCAAUUCAACUAACUUUAUUUAACUAUACAACCAUCUAUUACGCCUGUCUCUGGGUGCCACGUCCUGUGCUAGGAGAUGGGAACACAGAGAUGAAAGCCACUGUCCCUGCCUCCAAGAGUUCACAGUCAAGAAUCAACUACCUCUACUCAAGGUCGACAGGCCAUGUUUCCAUAGUGCAGUGGUCAGUACAUUUGCCUUACAAGACAGACCUCAUACAUUCACCCAUUCUUUCACUCACUCAUUCAUUCAUUGAGCAGAUUGUUGAAUCUUCCACGUUCCUGGCACAGUCCUGGGCACUGGACGGUGAUGCAUCCUUGAGUCAACAGCAGUGGUGCCUUGGGGGUCCAGGGAGGAAGAGGUGCAGCUGGCAGAGGGGUGAGGCUUGGUGGUCAAAGGCUAGAGCCGUGAGCAUGUGACCAGCACACAUCGGGGGAGGGGCCCUCAAAAGGCGCUGAGUGAGGAGGAGGAGCUGGACAGGUGCAGGGUGAGUGGGGAACAACCAAAGAGGGCAGUGAUGCCACCUGAGGCCCUGGAACAUGUCCUCCCUGUGAUGGAGGACAUAGCAGGCCUGCAGCGGCCAUUACUUCAGGACACAGAGGGGAGGCAGGGUGAUUGAAAAGGCCAGUGGAGAGGCCAAGGGAUGGGAGGAGGGUCAUUUCUGGCGUAGAAAGGGAAGGUUCCAGAGGCAGGUUGACUGAGGGGUUGAGGGGAGUCAGGAGGCCAGACCAUUAACUGGGAGGCAAGGGGUCCAUGAGCUGGAGGGUGGCUAACCCGUGGCCCCUGCAGGAAGCCGCCCUGUUGCCAUUCUGACGUCCUCACACCACUCUGUCCUGUCUAUGCUGCGGAUUGGGGCCCCUGUUUCUCUGCCACAGAUGCUGAGGGCCCGAGUGUGUGGCCCACUCCGCCCCGCGCAGGACCCUGACCUGGCCUGACACCAGAAACUGCCUGUGGAUGCGUGAACAAAGGGCUAAUUCACAUUUACUGCUUCAUUUGACUUGACUCUGUGGCUUUAAGCACUGACCCUCCCCAGUAGGAUUUCAUGCUGUUGAGAGCAGAAGCAGGACUUAGGACAUCGUUCUGGAGAGAGGUGGGCUUUAUGAAGGUCAGGGCGAGAGUGUGAACCAAGGCUUGGGAGGCACGUUCACUGUCACCCGUAAGGCAGGGAUCCAGGCUGGGCCCGUGGAGGAGAGCCCUGGAUGCCCUGUGCCCGGCAGGGAUUACAAGCCUCUGCUCACUUCCUUUUCCCUCCCGG